AUGCGCGCAGCAGAAGAAGAAAUAUCUUCGCCACCGUCGUCGACAGAUACCAUCGACAAAGAGCACCCAACGCCGUCCUCGCUGCCACAAAUGGAUACAGAAGGGACACAAUGUCUUGAUUGUCAGUCACUGGAAAUCUUUCUACCCGACCUGGAGCUCUUCUUUCCAGAAUCGACCGAACAAGAAGCCCCUAGUCUACCAUCCUCUCGUCCGACUUACCUGCGGUCUCCAAACCACUCUGGAUACAGCUUCUUCCAAGCCGAGCAGUCUGCCUCGGCUCCUUCUACUGACGGUAGUUUAUCAGAUAUAUUACACGACUACCCAUCAUCAAUCGAGUUGAAUUGGCAUAUCCCGAACAUAAACCCCCUCUCAUUGUCACUAAGUCCCAAGUCAUCACCCCUGUCCACGAAGUUUCGGUUCCUAGCCCAGUUUACAGCAGCCCAUGGCCUUGCAAAUUCGUUCGAGUGCGGCAACAUUCUUGCAAGACGGAAGAUCAUGUCCGCCUUCGGACAAAAUGGCAAGGCUCUAUCGACAGUUGAUGUUCUCGCAGAAAGCCUUGUGUAUCACAGACCCGCACAUGCACGUCUUAGGACGGAAUCAGAUCAAGUGCCUGGAUGGCACCACCCUUUGCUCGAUGCCAGUUCACAUUGCAACUGGAGCUAUGCCGAUCAGUCCGGACACCUGGGACAUGUAGGAUUGAUAGAAAGUUACCAAAGAGUUUACUAUCACCCCUUGAAAUCCAAAUCUCACGAGAUUGUUCAAGGAAUACGAGGCGUAGUCUGUCACGACAUGCGAUGCCGAGGCAGAACAAUCAACUGGAACCCGUCAAUGGAGCGUUCAUGCAUUCGAUUCUUCUCACCUCCCAAUCUCGACAGGUUCAUGGAAGCCUUCUGGUAUUUUUGGUACCCAAACUGGCCAGUAUUCCACAGGCCGACCUUUAUUGCUACCCAAAAGCCUGCUCAACUGAUCGCUGCCCUGUCAUUAAUCGGGGCAUGCUUGAGCCCGGAGAAGACCGACCGGGAUCAAGCGAUGCUGUGGAUCGAGGCGGUAGGAGAUUGGAUUCAUCACGACCCUGAGUUCUCUGAAGAUGCUGUCCCACAAACAAAUGAUGAAGUGCAGCUGUUGCAGCUUGAAUUGCGACUUGAUAUGGUCCGUGCAGCUUAUGCUAUCAUUCUCAUUAUGACCUGGGAAGGCAAUGAAAAACAGAUGACGGUGGCACGGAGAACCCGGUUCUCGCAAGUUAUAUGCGUUGCCCGCAGCCUCUUCUUUUUCGCUAUUGCUCAGAAAAAUGUUUACGGCGGCCCAGAUUCAAGCAAUCACCUUAAGAGCUGGAUGCUCUUUGCAUUAAAGGAAGAGUGCAUUCGCACACUUAUCUAUGUUUUUCUCCUGGAUUGUGCUUUCGUUAUGUUCUUCAACUCUGCUCCGCGCAUGGCCAUAAGUGAACUUCAGUUUAGUCUCGCCAAGCCUGAAGCAUGCUUUAACGCUCUGACUCCCGAGAUGUGGUUGAAUCGUCUAAAUGAAUGGUCUGAAUGCCAGCAUACCGAUCACGAACUGACAUUAUUUGAGGCGAUUCGGGUGAUAUUAAAAGGCGAACUUAAGCCGGAGGACUGGGAAAUGAUUCAAAAGAUGAGUCUAUUAAAUCUCUUUGCCAUUACCUGUGCAUUUCAUAACCUCAUUUUCCAUCACCACCACGGAGCAGACUUUGGAUCAGUAUCUUUGUCAAUCACCCGAGGGCUAAGAAACUGGCUGCAGGCCUGGAUUGCUCGAGACGUGGUUCUGAUCGAAGGCCAACCGUCCCAGUUAUCCCGCCCCGAACCUUCUGAAGGCGGAAGCAAGAUUGGGUUUUAUCGUUAUAUAAGAGAAUACUGGUGCCUUGCUGUGAUCUCUCACCAUCAGUUUGACCAAAAGAUGAAGAUCCUCAACAGCAUCACGCGCCGCAUCCGCCGCCUCCCCUCGGCAUUCUCUUCCUCAGCCCUCCAUCGCACGCACUACACCGGCUCCCUCCUCUUCAACCUCGCAUCAUUCAUCCUCCCCGCUCUAUACGGCACGCUAUCCAAACUAUGGGUCGCAAACAUCGAUUCGUCAAUGGUGGUCCUCACCGAUGCGUAUACGUACAUGAACACUGCUUCUGAAGCUGUCAACGAGGGAUUACCGAGGGCAGCAUGGGUUAUCAUCGGCGAUAAAGCCUCACGCUCGCUGGGGAAGCGUCUUCAAUUGACGCACACUCUCGUCGCAUUCCAGUCUGUCAUUGGGUUGAUUUUGAGUAUUAUCUUUCUUGCCGCUGCGUCUUCAUUUGCGAAUAGCUUCGUUCCUGAGGAAAUCCGGGAUGUGAGUUUGACCUAUGUUCGCAUCACUUCAUUCACCGUUUUCAGCGGCACGCUCGAAACUGCAGUGGCGACAGCAACGAGGGCUCUGGACAAGCCUGAUAUUCCACUGGCUAUCAGCACCGUCAAGUUUGCUGUUAAUAUCAUCCUUGACUUUCUGCUCAUUUCGAAAUUCCAUGUUGGUUCCUUUACCCCGACCGUCAAUAUGCAAGGUACUAUUCAGCUGGUCUGCAAUCUUGUUGCAGCUUUUGCGGGACUGGCAUACUUUCUUUGGUCGAAUACUUGGUCAUUCAAGAAGCACACGCCGCAUGAUCCUCAAGAGAAGCUGCGCCCAAGCUUUGACGCACUCAAAGUCCUUCUCCCGCCUGGAUUGGUCUUCUUCACUGAGUCAGCUGUCAGAAAUGCCUUGUAUCUCUGGCUGGUCAGCACCAUCGUUGCGUUGGGCGCAGUAUAUGCUACAGCAUGGGGUGUCUUCAACACCAUCCGCUGGGGUCUGAUAAUGGUCCCAGUCCAGGCCUUGGAAGCAACAGCGUUACAAUUCAUCGGCCACAACUGGGGCGAUUGGAGAAGACGCGUCGACAUCAGCACACGAAAGCCCCAAGCGUCAUUAAAGGACCUUCGUGGCAUCGUGCGCCCAGCUUUCAGAUCAUUUGUGAUCGCCCUCAUCUUCGAAGUCCCGAUAGCUAUCUUCCUCACGCUCUUUGGAGCAAAGCCCUUUGCAUCAUAUAUCAGCGGUUCAGAUGAAGUCGCAGAGGUCACAGCCUAUAUGUGGCGAAGUCUCGACUGGUGUUAUAUCUUCUAUGCAAUGUCAACUCAACUUGCCACGAUCCUUCUUGCAACCCGACCGAGAUGGUAUUUGUAUCAGAGCCUCGCAAGCAAUUUUCUCCCCAAUCAGUCUGCUAUUACCGUCGAGACUAACGAUUGCGACACAUUUGUUUCUUACACUAUCAACUGCAACUUCAACAUCAUGUCUUUUACAACAACUGUGACGGCAGCACCCCCGCCUGGUCAGCCAGACAUUGCUUACGCUCCAAACUACGAAAACUAUCAAGCCAGGACAGCCAAGCGACUCAAAGAGGGGAAUCUUCCGACUUCGGUCCCAGAUGGCUUCCCGAAACAACUAGCUGGCGAUCUUGUCUGGGAAGGCGAUUCGGUCGGGCAAACUUAUGACUGGACGUAUAAAUUGUCCGAGGCUCAGCUCAGCGAGAUUGAUCAAGCUUUACAGCAUUUCAAAGGUCUUGGCCUCUCACUUGGACAUAUCUCGGCAGAGACAUUCCCUCUGCCAGACCUACACUCGGAAUUGCGAAAGCUUUCCGAGGAGCUACACAAAGGCCACGGUUUCUUCGUCAUCCGCGGCGUCAAUGUAGAUAAUUAUACCCGUGAAGAAAACACCAUAAUCUACGUCGGCAUCUCUUCGCACAUCGCAUCACAACGCGGUCGUCAGGACAGCAAGUUCGACGGUAAACCCGCCGAUGUUGUCCUCACGCACAUCAAGGAUCUCAGCGCCGGUCAAGACAAAAGCGUGAUCGGAAGUCCAGCUUAUACUACUGAUAGACAGGUCUUUCAUACUGAUUCAGGUGAUAUCGUAUCGCUGUUCUGUCUCGAGACGGCGCUAGAGGGAGGUGCUAGUAGGAUUGCUAGUACGUGGAGGGUUUACAACGAAUUGGCGAGGACGAGGCCUGAUUUGAUCCACACGUUAUCACAGAAUUGGGAUGUUGAGAACUUCGCAAACCCGAAUAAGAAGUUUACGACUCGGCCACUUCUGUAUCAUCAAAAAGCCACCGAUACAUUGCCUGAGAGGGUUGCUCUACAGUAUGCUCGUCGAUACUUUGUCGGAUUCGGUGCACUACCAAGGAGCCACGACAUCCCACCUAUCACAGAAGCUCAGGCCGAAGCGCUAGAUGCUCUUCACUUCUUGGGAGAUAAACUGAGUGUUUCGACAAAUUUUGCAAAGGGCGAUAUGCAAUUCAUCAACAACGUCGCUGUAUUUCAUGCUCGAGAUGCAUUCACGGACUCGCCGACGCAGCAGCGCCAUCUUCUUCGUCUCUGGUUGAGAGAUCCUGAGAAUGCUUGGGAAACUCCAGAGCCGCUACGUGAGAGGUGGGCAGAACUGUAUGAGGGUGUGACUCCAGAUGCCCAGGUGUUUCCGCUGGAACCCUAUAUUCGUAGUGCUAGCAACAGGGCCAGACUUCUUACAUCGCAAGAACGGCAGAGGCUGAAGGAGGAGCUGCUAGCAACGAACAAUGAUGAUUUCAUACGACAGAUCCCAAAGGUCGAAAUGCACAUCCACAUCGAUGGAAUGGUCACACCAGAGCUUCGAUGGAAACUAGCCAAAAGAAAUGGAUUAGAAGUGCGUAUGGGAAACAACAAGCCCCUCAUAAAAUCUCUCGAUGACUUGAAAAAAGCAUACGCAUCUAUCAUCUCAUCUUCCCAACGCCAUCAAUACGAACAUCUCGAUCCGUCUCUGAUUCCACCUACGUUCUUCGAGGCCUACUACUCUAGCCAUGAGGUCCUCCGAACUCGACAAGACUUUUACGACGUCGCGAUGGCGUAUUUCCAAGGUGCUUCGGAGAUGAAUGUGCGGUAUUGUGAAGUGUUUUUUGACCCGCAGGCACAUACUAGCCGCGGUGUUUCCUGGGAAGAUAUGAUGGGAGGACUUCGUGAUGCGCAAGAUGAUUCGGCCAGGACUCUAAAUGUCAAAACUGCUUGGAUUAUGUGCUUCCUUCGCGAUCAAUCUCUAGACUCUGCAAUAGAACACUAUGAAGCAGCGCUUCCGUAUCGAGACAUGAUUAUUGGUAUUGGCCUCGACUCAAACGAACACAGACGACCUCCUAUUCUAUUCAAGGAAGUCUUUCAACGUGCUAAGAGGGAUGGGUUCAAAAUCACAGCACAUUGCGAUGUCGGUCAGGAAGACACUUAUCAGAACAUCCACCAGCUCAUCUCACCCUCCGAGGGAAUCCUCACACAUCGCGUCGACCACGGUUUAAACGCGGCAGACAAGCCAGAGCUUGUGGAGCUUAUCACGAGCCAAGGCAUCGGCAUGACAAUCUGUCCCUGGGCUUAUCUGCGGCGCUUCAAUCUCGAGGAAAUUGGUCGUCGUCUGCGGACAUUGAUUGAUACGGGUGUCAAGAUUUGCAUUUCUAGCGAUGACCCUCCCUUUAUGGAAGGCGCGUGGAUUAUGCAUAACUUACUGCUUGCCAGACAGUUGUGUGGCUUGACUGAAGAGGAUAUUGUACAGAUGAUGCAAGAUGCGGUAGAGAUUUCUUGGGCGGAUCAAGACGUGAAGACAGAAAUCUUGGCUGAGCUUGGCGGGGAUUCUUAUAGAUCCACGAAUAAGGGAUAG